GAUGCAAUCAUGUCCAUAAAUAUAGUUUUGUACAAUAUAAUCAAUUUUCGCGUGAAACGUACGUUAUGUAAUAUCAAUGUGUUACAAAAGCUACAGAGUCAAAGGAUCAUGAUUUAUCAAGCUCAGAGUAUAAUGUAGCCUCGCGAGUGGAGAUACACCUAGUAAACAGGAACAAGGCAUUACCUACACUGAAAAAAUUUUGGGCGAGCUGCUCGCCCACGUGGUAGAGCUGCAACACCAAAUGCAUCGCGCGCUGCUCGCCUACAGCUUGGUACACAUCCUCUCUCAAAUUGGGCAGGCUCUGUUCCCACAUUGGAACAGCUGUAGUCCCAACAGUAUUGGUGCAGUAACGUUCCUUAUAGGCGGGAGCCCGGAAUCCCUAUGCCGAGUUUCGCGCGGAGUUGUAGUAUAUAGUUUAUUGUUUUCGUGCGACAAACGGAUUGUGCUUAUAAUACGAGUGUGUUAAUUUUAUUUUUCCAACUGAUAACAUGGAUGACUUACUAGAGAGGCAUGAAUUUACUCAUCUGCGCGAUGUCUUCAAAUACUUCAAAAACUCUGGGUGUCCAUAAGAAAUUCUUCAGCAUCUUCAAAAGUUAUCGAGACACCCGUGGAGAACAUUCGUAAUUUCAGUAUCAUCGCUCAUGUAGACCAUGGUAAGAGCACAUUAGCUGAUCGUUUCUUGGAGAUGACCGGAGCGAUCAAAACAAACUCCGGGAUGCAGGUUCUGGACAAGUUACAGGUUGAAAAGGAACGAGGAAUCACAGUGAAAGCACAAACCGCUUCUUUAAAAUAUACCUGCAAAGGUGUGGAAUAUCUCUUGAACCUAAUCGACACUCCUGGCCAUGUGGAUUUUUCUUCAGAAGUUUACAGAUCUCUCGCUGCAUGCCAGGGUGUGAUCCUCCUUGUAGAUGCCAAUGAUGGUGUUCAAGCGCAAACCGUAGCGAAUUUCUACCUCGCCUUUGAAAGAGACCUUAAGGUGAUUCCAGUGAUAAAUAAAAUCGAUCUGAAGAAUGCCAAUCCCGAUAGAGUCUUGAAGCAACUGAAAAACCUUUUCGAGAUAGAAAGUGAGACUGUAUUGAAGAUAUCCGCGAAAAAUGGAACGAACUGCGAGGAUGUUUUGAAGGCGAUCGUUGAAAGAAUACCUCCACCACCUGUUUCGAGAGACUGUACUUUAAAGGCCUUGAUAUUUGAUAAUUGGUACGAUAGGUACAAGGGUGCUAUUUCUUUGAUUUAUGUAGCACAAGGAAAAGUUUCUGUUGGAGAUCAGAUUUCAUCCUAUUACACAGGAAAGUCAUACGAUGUUAAAGCUCUCGCUUUUUUGAGGCCAGAAGAAGAAGAAGUUAAAACAAUAUAUGCUGGUCAAGUGGGGGCGCUAAAGUGCAACAUGAAAUCUUCACAGGAAGCACAUAUUGGAGAUACGUUUCAUUUAAAGAACUCGCCCGUUGAACCCCUUCCUGGUUUUAAAAUCGCUAAACCGAUGGUGUUCGCUGGAGUUUACCCCAUGGACCAAUCUCAGUUUGUGGAUUUGCGCAGCGCCAUAGAGAAGCUCAUUUUGAACGAUAAUGCUGUCACAGCCGUAGAGGAAUCGAGUCCAGCUUUGGGGCGAGGAUGGCGACUAGGAUUUUUAGGUUUGUUACACAUGGAGGUGUUUAUACAGAGGCUUGAGCAGGAAUAUGGCGCUGAGCCGAUAGUUAGUACUCCAGGUGUAAUAUACAAGGCAAAAGUAUUUGGCGCUAAGAAUAUCACCAGGUAUAAAGGGGAGAAUGUCUCUUUCAGCAACCCUACUGAUUGUCCGGAUUCCGUUAUUGUUAAAGAGUUUUAUGAACCAAUGGUGAUUGGAACAAUCAUUACACCCGCGGAAUACUUGGGAGGAAUAAAAACCAUGUGCUUCGAAAAGAGAGGAGUUGAAAAGUCCAUUAAAUACAUAGACAAUGAGAGGAUGAUUUUGCAGUACAUUUUGCCACUUAACGAAAUAAUCAUGGAUUUUCACGACGGACUGAAAUCCUUAAGCUCAGGAUAUGCAAGCUUUGAUUACGAAGAUUACGGAUAUGAAGCAUCAAAUAUUGUUAAAAUGAAUAUAUUGCUGAACGGAAACCCAGUCGAAGAAUUGAGUACAAUAGUUCAUGCAAGUAGAGCAUCCGAAAAAGGUAGAGCUAUUUGCCUCAGAUUAGUAGAAAUCAUUCCUAAACAACAAUUUCUUAUAGCCAUUCAAGCGGCAGUAGGAAGCAAGAUUUUAGCCAGAGAAAAUUUGCCAGCCCUCAGGAAAGACGUUACUGCAAAACUAUACGGUGGCGAUGUGACAAGGAGAAAAAAAUUGUUAGCGCGACAAGCAGAAGGUAAAAAGAGAUUAAGAAUGAUUGGAAAUAUCGCUUUACCAAGAGAAACGUUUAUUAAAGUUUUAAAGAGUCAUUUUCGUCAAGCAUGGAUGUUGAUGGAUGAAUCAAGGAAAAUAGGACCAAACUAUACAGCGCGCUUGCUAGAUGAAGAAGCAAUAUUGACCAGCAAAGAUCCCAGCUAUCACCUUGACGAACCUUGCUUUUUAUACAGUCACAUUUUCUAUAAUCUACCAAUUCAGUUUAUAUUUCCAAAAACUUGUCUUGCUUACAUACAGGUUCCAAGUAGAACUUUCUAGUAAGAUGCUUAUAAACUGAUCAUUUAUCAGUUUCAGAAGAAGUUGUAUAAUUAAGCAAGGCAAGAUGAGUGGAAAUGUUAUGACCUUAUGAAUAAAAUCACAAAUGGAAAUAGUAAGUAAUAUUUAGGUUUGAACUAAUAAAUCAUUAUUGAUAAACAUUUAGUCACAAUUAUUCUAAUGAUAAUAAUAGUAACGAUGGCUAUUUUAAUACUGUGUAAUCAAAUUUUUACUGGUACUAGGACAUGUGCAUUAUAAUUGCAACCAUUUUAUUAUAUUUUAAUAUCAAGAUAAAUAUCGAUUCUUCUUACUUUACAGUAUUCCAUAGUUAAAUUGUAGCGUUAGUUGUAAUAUAGAGAAGUUGUAAUGUAGAGGAGAGAGAUUGGAGCGGAAAACUGUCAAACGCACACGAACAAGCAGAAGUACACUGGCGCGCGGGCCCACGGACGGAAGGUGGGAGGCAGCUCGCGAACGAGUAUCCCCUCUCUAUAUACAUUAGCCAGAGUUGGAGACUCGAGGCGAGCUAUGGUGCGCAGGCCCAAAAACGGAAUGGUGGGGCGAGCUCGCGAACAGCUACCUCUCCCUCUGUGCGCAUGCGCAGUAUUGUGAGAAGCGAGGCGAGCUAUGGCGCGCGUCCUGCGAGUUGUGGAUAAACGCACGCGUUCGUGCCACUACCUUCACUCAAUGUAUAAGUUUUUUGAUAACAAUUUUUUUACUUAGAUUAAGAACAGUAAAAUUGAUGAUCAUAUGAUUAAAUAAUAACCAUAUAAUCUUGAACGAAGAUUAAAAUAUCCAAAACUAAUAAGAGGUAAAGUUUCAAUCGGGAACUAGGUAUCUAAAGACAAAGAACAAAAUAGAUAAGAUUCUGCAUCUGUAUUGAUCUCUGUAAAUAUUAUGAACAAUAAAUAUAU